AAGACAAAGAGAUAGAUCUUUCCUUUCUAACGUCAAGACAAAAGUCCAUAAAUACCCCUUUUCUACACCUCUCUCAUUCACCAUGCAAUUUGUCUUUCCUUCACACCAAGACUUCUCUCCAACAAAAUCUUUUUUUUUUCACUCUCUCUAUUUCGAAGUCUUUCUCUGGUUUCAAGAUUCCUUGCAACUCUCUUGUUCCAGAUGGCAAUAGGAAUCUUUGGAUUGAUCCCAAGCUCAUCACCAGACGAGCUAAGGAAGAUUCUGCAAACACUUUCGACAAAAUGGGGAGACGUAAUUGAGGAUCUUGAGAGUCUUGAAGUGAAGCCGAUGAAAGGAGCGAUGACUAACGAAGUGUUCAUGGUGAGUUGGCCUAGAAAAGAAACGAAUCUUCGAUGUAGGAAACUUCUUGUUCGUGUCUAUGGUGAAGGCGUUGAGCUUUUUUUUAACAGAGACGACGAGAUUCGGACUUUUGAGUUCGUGGCCCGACAUGGCCACGGUCCAAGACUACUUGGCCGCUUCGCCGGCGGCAGAGUCGAGGAGUUUAUCCAUGCCCGGACCCUAUCAGCAAGCGAUCUUCGUGAUCCCAACAUAUCAGCUUUAGUGGCAACUAAGCUAAGAAAAUUUCACAGCAUAAACAUUCCUGGAGAUCAAACUGUUCACAUCUGGGACAGGAUGAGGACUUGGGUAGGACAAGCCAAGAAUCUGUGUUCAGCUGAACAUUCAGAAGAGUUUGGUCUAGACAAUAUUGAAGAUGAAAUCAACUUGCUAGAACAAGAAGUGAACAAUGAGUACCACCAACAAGAAAUAGGUUUUUCUCACAAUGAUUUGCAGUAUGGUAACAUCAUGAUUGAUGAAGACACCAAUGCCAUCACUAUCAUUGAUUAUGAGUAUGCAAGUUACAAUCCAGUUGCUUAUGACAUAGCAAAUCACUUCUGUGAGAUGGUAGCAAAUUACCAUUCUGACACUCCUCAUAUCUUGGACUACACUUUAUAUCCAGGAGAAGAAGAAAGGAGGAGAUUCAUCUGCAACUACCUCGCCUCUUCAGGUGAAGAACCAAGAGAGGAAGACAUAGAACAGCUUUUGGAUGAUGUCGAGAAGUAUACAUUGGCGAGCCAUCUCUUCUGGGGUUUAUGGGGAAUCAUCUCUGGCUAUGUGAACAAGAUUGACUUCAAUUAUCUCGAGUAUUCGAAGCAGAGAUUCAAACAGUAUUGGCUUCGAAAACACCAGCUUUUACCUUUCUACUCAUCUCAUAAGUAAAAUAUUACACACAAAAAAAAAUCAUGAUGGGAACCAUAACAUGGCUACUAUGCCAAUGUUAAAAACCAUGUGUAUUUGUUAUGUUCAUCUGAUACUAUGUAAUCAUCCAGCACAAUAAUACUUUCCAAGGAAAGAAUAGAAAAGUUUAAUAUUUGAA